CUAAGUAUUUUCUCUCAUUUAUUAACAAAAUAAUUAUUUUGACAAAAAAAGUUGACAUUUUAAUCACUCGCACUAGUUAUCAAAAUUUCCACUUUUUCAUGUUUCUCCCGCUGCUCCAAACAGCCGGGCGCCAGUCGUCAUUGAUCGGCGAAACAGUGGACCGCUAAGCCCAGCAGGCGAACCAUUACGCAUUUGCCUAUCGAGCUUCAGUUCAAAUUAUUGGGCGAGGCUCAUGUGAAGUGUACUGGAUUGCAAAUGCCUAUUGCCUAGGGUUACAUUUUCGUGCUUCCUCCCGUAUCUGCGGCAAUCCAACCGGAGCAAUGGUCUGCUGGAUCGCUAUUCUCUGUUUCUUCUUGCGUCUUCAAGCCUCUCUCUCAGCUUCAGGACAGGCAACCUCUUUUGAAUCAGUUCCUGAUCUUGAGAAGUCAAUGUAUGUGGCUAUUGAUGGAUAUCCAUGUGUACGGCUACUCAACCUUUCUGGGGAGAUUGGCUGUUCAAACCCUGGCCGUGGGAAAGUUGUUGCUCCAGUUGUCAGGUUCAAGGACCCAAUUAAGUUGAUCAGACCAUCUGCUAUUUUGAUUUCUCUUGAAGAAUUUGAUAGCUUUUUUACAAGAUUGUCAAGUGAUUCACAUUUAGCAACACAUGUAGCUGGUUUGUUAGUUGAAUCAGGAACUCAUUCAAAAAACACGUUAAAAGGAUUUUCACCUGACAAAAAGUUUCCGCUGGCGGACUUUGCUCCUUAUAGUAGUGACAGCUUUGAAUGGAAUCCUAUUGGAUCUGGAGUAAUGUGGGAGGCUUAUAAUUUUCCUGCAUUCUUGCUUUCAGAAAGUAGCACACUGGCAUUGAGGGAGAUUGCCAUAAAAAAUGAGAAGAGGGAAAAUCCAUACACUGCAGAAGUAGUUGAUUUUGAUUUAGUUAUGCAGACUACAAAGUCUGGAACUCGCGAUUCAGAAUCUUGUCUUAGAGAGCAAACCUGCCUCCCACUGGGUGGAUACAGUGUCUGGUCAGCACUUCCACCCAUUAACAUGUCUUCUGAAAAGCCAAGGCCUAUUAUAUUAGCAGUUGCUUCCAUGGAUUCUGCAUCCUUUUUUCGCGACAAAAGUAUUGGCGCGGAUUCACCCAUAUCUGGUUUAAUCUCACUCUUGGCUGCGGUAGAUGCUCUUUCCCGUGUUGAUUGGUCGAGUAGUAACUUAAACAAACAGCUUGUAUUUGUGGUUUUCACAGGAGAAUCUUGGGGAUAUCUUGGUAGCAGGAGGUUUCUUCUUGAACUUGAUCAACAUUCAGAUGCUAUUAAGGGGCUUGAUUUUUCAAUGAUUGAGACGGUUUUUGAAAUUGGGUCAGUUGGGAAGAGUGUCACAGAGGGUGUAAAGAAAUUCUUUGCUCAUCCAACCGGGGGUGCUUCAACAAAUAAAACUUUGAAUUCGUUGUUUCAUGCUCAAGACUCACUGAAAACAGAAAACGUUAAGAUCUCAAUGGCAAAGAAAUCAAAUCCUGGAUUACCACCAUCUUCAUUAAUGGCAUUUAUGAGAAAGAAUCCACAAACUUCUGGAAUUGUUUUGGAAGAUUUUGAUGAUGCAUACAAGAACAACUUCUAUCACAGUCACCUUGAUGAUCUCACCAGCAUCAACUCUUCAGCCAUAGUCACUGCUGCUUCUCUAGUUGCCCGAAGUCUUUACAUCCUUGCCAGUGACCAAAAUGAAGUAAAUGCUUUGCUUCUAAACACUAUCAACCCAAACUCCUCACUGGUUGAAGAACUCCUCAGUUGCUUUUUAAGUUGUGAACCAGGCUUUUCAUGUGGACUGGUCAAGCGCUAUAUUUCUCCUUCUAUGAGCUGUCCGAACCAUUAUGUUGGAGUUAUAUCUGGUGAACCUUCCUCUGUGCCCUACCCUAGUGACGUGGGGGAUAUCUCUCGGUUUGUAUGGAACUUUUUGGCAGAAAAAACAUCUAUCCAGCCAAGAAAUACAAGCUCUGCUUGCCCCAAAGCUUGUGGCAGCAUUGGGGAAGCAUGCAUUCGAACAGAAACCGAUGGGAAGGGCAAAUGUGUCAUCUCCACUACAAGGUAUGUACCUGCCUAUUCAACUAGAUUGAAGUAUGAGACAGAUCAUUGGACAGUUUUACCUACCAACUCCACUAAUGAGGUAUCUGACCCUGUUUGGACGGAGAGUAACUGGGACACGAUAAGAGUCCGAGUUUACACUGUUCAAGAAGCCGCCUACGACCGCUUCGUUCUGUUCCUUGGUGUUGCUGUUACCGUUUUGUCUUACCUCUUAAUAGGGGUGUCCAAAGCUUUCAUCACAAAGGCCAUGAAGCGUGAUUGAUAUUGCGAAUACACUGAGGUGCAUGUUUCUUAUUGACGGGCAAACUUGGAAAAUGCAACUCUUAUUAGUCUUUGCUAUUGGAGGCUUCUUUUCGGCACCAUCUCUCGCCUGUGGUGUACUUUGGGAUACAUUUCGGGUGAUUAUGUAGUCUAUGAUUGAGCAAUUUAAGGCUAUAUCUUAAUAUUGUGGUUCAUUCUCUGUGUGUGUGUCCUUUGGUUAACGAUUUUCCAACAUCAAACGGUUAUUUGGGAGACGGUAGGAACACAUAUAAUGAAUGUCAUCCUAUGAUUCUAUUAUAGAUUACAUAUCCGAAUUACUCUUGAUAAAGAUUGUUUGGUUAUGGGCG